AUGUCGCAGCAAGCAGACCCAGGAAAAGACAUCUACGAAUUCUGCCUGCGGAGGUUCAGUCAGGUUACCGGCUGGCUCUCAAACCUUCGCAUCAAACCCAAUUCAGUACACCCAAGUGCGGAGCAACCCGUGCCAGAAAUAAAGGUUCCUUCAGUGAGUCCGUCUGAAAUCUCUGAAAUCAAACAAUUUUAUCAGGAAGACGAUGGGAAAGUACAUUACUGUGACGAACUUUUAAAGUUGGAUGGAGACAUCCGCGUGAGUCACCUUCCACUAAAAGUGAACUGUGCGGAAGUGACGGUCUUGACUACUGUUGAUCGUCUGCUGCAGGCCACAAGCAAGUACGAUCCCAGGUUUACGUUCUCUCUCAUGCCUUCAGGAAGUUUCUACCAGGAUUUGAAAAUAGGAUCGCCCGAUGAAUUUGAUUUUCUAUUGUGCCUUGACAAUUUGUCUAUGUGUGAAGUUCAAAAGAUCCCAGAGUAUCAUAUUUCGACAGAUGGGAUUUUGUGCUUACUCGUCAAAGAGGUGCCGGCUUCAUGGCACAAAUCGGAUGAGGAAAAGUUUAUUAAUAAGAUGUUCGGGACAAAUAUGUUGUGUGGGGAUGCAAUUAACCAGGAGAUUGUCGACUUAUGGACUUUCAAGCUCAAACAUGUGCUCCCACAUCGAGCCAAUUUUAACACUGUGUCUCUUGAGCUCCAUGACUCGACAAUCCAGGUGAAACUACGUUGGUCAGGUUACGAUAAUGUCUACCACUACAUUAAGGUUUCCAUGACUAUUGCCGUCAGAAGUCACUCACAGAUGUUCGGGGAUUUCUGUUCUGAUCUGUCCACUCUCAAUCCCGCGAUCCAUCCUUUUGGUAAGAUGGUUGAGAUUAUCAGACAGUCCCCUGUUGUCCUCACCCCGGCAAGUGCAUGGGCCUGGCGGGUCUCAAACCAUUACUGUGAAAAGGUUGUCCUGCGGUACCUAGACGCGAUCAGCCCUAACGUAAAGGCCUGCUUACGAGUCCUGAAGAGUCUCCGUGAUCUGUCCUUGCGCGACGAAAUUGAUGGUGUUCACAUCGUCGACACCAUCACCUUGAAGACACUUCUAUUCUGGGAGGCGGAGGAGUUCUAUAACGCCAACUAUUGGUCCCCACAAAACCUUCCCGACAGGAUCAUCAACGUCCUUAAGCGUCUCAAAGCAGCCGUGGACAGACACUUUCUGCCUGAUUAUUUUGUUGAGACUGUGAACACUCUACCAGCCGAGCUGCUCUUGGAGUUGCCAUUAUAUCAAAAGUUUCAGGAAACCGUGAAGCUCCGUGUCAAUGCAUUAAUUGACACCAUGAGUCAGCGAAAUGACGAGGAUCCCAUAUAUAUAAGUUGCAGAUAA